AUGCCCGCGGAGUAUCUAGACCUAAAGAAUUUUCCUAGAGAACGGACACAGUGGCCGGUCCAAGCUGCCGAAGCCAUAAGAUAUAUCCAUUCCAAAAGGGCCAUACACUGCGAUAUUGGCGCCCACAACUUUCUCAUCCAGGAAGACGGCUCCCUUGCAUUGGCAGACUUUUGGGGAUCCAGUCUUGAUGGUCAUCAGCUAUAG